AUGGCAGACGAAACUCUUGCAAGUAGUACUCCGAGCGAGCAAAUGCCCGAGAAGGACCAGCUUUCCGAGGCCUCUCCGUCUGGCGAGCCGCAUAUCGUGGAUCGUGGCGUCAGGGCCUGGUCGACGAUGCUUGGCGGGUUCUUAGUCUUCACAGCGACUUUUGGAUAUGCCAACGCCUUCGGUGUAUUCCAGGACUACUAUACGCGAACUGGUACUUCGUCAGCGUCCAACAUAUCAUGGAUCGGAGGUGUACAACUCUUCCUCUUAAUAUCUGCCGGACUUGUGUCUGGAAAGUUGCUCGACAUGGGCUACUUCCGCAUCACGACAUUAUUCGGUUCGCUGUUGUACACCUUCUCGCUAUUCAUGGUUUCGAUCGCAAAUCCCGAGAAGUACUACCAGCUACUGCUUGCUCAAGGCGUAGGAAUGGGUCUAGGAGCUGGGAUCAUCUACGUACCUGCUGUGGCCGUGCAGGCGCACCAUUUUCGCGUGUAUCGGCCCGUGGCAGUUGGAAUUGUCAAUGCAGGGUCUUCCAUAGGAGGCAUUAUCUUCCCAAUCAUGCUGAAUCGCCUCAUCAACGGGAGACUCGGCUUUGGUUGGGGUGUGCGCGCGACAGGCUUCGUGACACUAGGUAUACUCAUCGCCGCCAACCUUCUCAUGUCAUCGCAUCCGGCUGUUACGUCGAGGAAACGUGCUCCGCCCAACAUCCGUACACUAUUCACAGACGCUCCUUACAUGCUCGUAAUUGUUGGUGCCCUCUUCAUCCUCUGGGGACUCUUCUACCCCUACUUCUAUCUUCAGUUGUACGCCGUCAAGCAUGGUGUGGACUCUAACAUCGCAUUCUACACAAUCGCAAUACUCAACGCUGGCUCUAUCCCGGGACGUAUCCUGCCAAACUUGUAUGCACGAAGGAUAGGAGUCUUCAACGGCGUCAUCGCGUGUUGCUUCGUCUGCAGCGUAUUGCUCUUCGCCUUGUUCGGUGUAACCACUGCGGCCGGCACCAUCGUUUUCUCGAUAAUCUACGGUUUCUUCUCUGGCGCCUUCCUGUCCAUGGUCACGCUCGGUAUCGGAUCUCUGGCCAAGGAUGAGAGUGAGAUCGGUCUGCGCGUGGGAUUGGGCUUUGCCAUUGCAGCUAUCGGUGCUCUGACCGGUAACCCAAUUGUGGGCGCUCUACUGGGUGAUAAUUUCGACUGGGCCAAGACCAUCAUUUUCACCGCCGUCUCUGUCAUGGGUGGAACCGCCAUCGUCUUUGCCGGGAGGGUCCUACUGGUCAAGAGGAAGGGCACUCAGCUCGUAUGA